AUGCCAUCUCAAAAUAAGACAAAGCAGGUUCCUGAAAAGGAAAGGUUCAUUCAAUGUUGUGCUGAUAUAUCUCUCGAUUUGGUUGCGUCAUUGAAAUCAUCAAAAGAUAUAAACUUAAAUGGACUCAUCACUCGAUAUGCCAAAAAACACAAGCUUAAAAGUCAGCCACGCUUAACGGAUAUCAUAUCUUCAAUACCUGAUCAGCAUAAGAAAUACCUCAUACCCAAAUUGAAAGCUAAACCUGUGCGUACAGCUUCAGGAAUCGCAGUUGUUGCUGUCAUGUGUAAACCACAUAGAUGUCCCCAUAUUGCAUAUACCGGUAACAUAUGUGUGUACUGUCCUGGUGGUCCCGAUUCUGACUUUGAAUAUUCAACACAGUCUUAUACUGGUUAUGAGCCAACAUCAAUGAGGGCUAUUAGAGCGAGAUAUGACCCUUAUGAGCAAGCCAGAGGUAGAGUUGAUCAGUUGAGGCUGUUGGGACAUUCAAUUGACAAAGUUGAGUAUAUCAUCAUGGGGGGUACUUUUAUGUCAUUACCUAUUGAUUACCGAGAGAACUUCAUCACACAAUUGCAUAAUGCCCUUACUGGAUUCAAUGGUAAAGGCAUUGAUGAGGCGAUAGAAUUUUCUCAACAAUCACAAACCAAAUGUGUUGGUAUCACAAUUGAAACUAGACCGGAUUAUUGUACUGAAACUCAUUUGAGUGAUAUGUUGAAAUAUGGAUGUACACGUUUGGAAAUUGGUGUGCAAAGUGUUUAUGAGGAUGUGGCUAGAGACACCAACCGAGGACACACGGUUAAAGCUGUGUGUGAAACAUUUGCAGUGGCCAAAGAUGCUGGCUAUAAAGUUGUUAGUCACAUGAUGCCUGAUUUGCCCAAUGUUGGAAUGGAACGUGAUUUAGAACAGUUUAAGGAGUACUUCGAAAACCCUGCUUUCAGAACUGAUGGUUUAAAAUUGUAUCCCACAUUGGUGAUUAGAGGUACUGGGCUAUACGAGUUGUGGAAGCAAGGGUUAUACAAAUCUUACAAUGCGAAUGCAUUGAUUGAUUUAGUCGCUAGAAUUUUGGCGUUGGUUCCUCCAUGGACUCGUAUCUAUCGUGUACAAAGAGAUAUCCCCAUGCCCUUGGUUACUUCUGGUGUUGAAAAUGGUAAUCUACGUGAGUUGGCAUUGGCAAGAAUGAAGGAUUUCGGUACAUCAUGUCGUGAUGUACGUACUCGUGAAGUUGGUAUACAAGAAGUUCAUCACAAAGUGGUGCCCGAUCAAGUUGAAUUGAUUCGUCGUGACUACUAUGCUAAUGGUGGUUGGGAAACCUUUUUAAGUUAUGAAGAUCCAAAGCAAGAUAUCCUCAUUGGGUUGUUACGGUUGAGAAAAGCUAGUAAAAAAUACACUUACAGAAAAGAAUUUACCGGACAACAGACGUCAAUAGUGAGGGAGCUACACGUUUAUGGAUCUGUUGUUCCUUUGCAUUCAAGAGAUCCAAGGAAAUUUCAACAUCAAGGUUUUGGAACUUUGUUGAUGGAAGAAGCAGCAAGAAUUGCGAAAGAAGAGCACGGAUCGCUGAAGAUUAGUGUUAUUUCCGGGGUGGGUGUAAGAAACUAUUAUGCUAAAUUGGGAUACGAAUUGGAUGGCCCAUUUAUGUCAAAGAUGCUAUAA